AACGUUAUCAAACCAAGAUCCCCUCACCACGAAGCAUUGAUCAGGUCGAUUGAGAAAACCUACCCAUGGAAGGAGAGCGACAGCAAGGCUUUGGCCGGCAUAGCUUGAUAUAGACAAUUGCAGAGGUAUGGAUGGUUCGUAGUGCAAUGGGGUUUGGUAAUUGGGUUGUACAAAUCUUACUUACCUAUCGUGUGGUGAGAGGGUAAUACGGGAUAGGGGAUCUAGAGCUCGGAUUAUAGCAAAAGGCGAAUCAAUAAGAGUUUCUUUAGAGAGGCUAGUUGGAUCUAUAAAUGAUAUGUAUGCUCAGACCACAAGGGAUUCUCCAAUCAGGUUCAUUCGACAAUGCCGAUUCCUUUGCUGAUGCCAUCCAUCGUUCGGGGAUCGGGCUCCACAUCAUUUCUUGACAACCUAAACCGUCAGCUAUCGUUAGUUAAUAACCCCUUGUCAAGAAAUGCUAUAAUACUGUCGGCCGUUCCUGUCUACACAAACAGUAGUUACGGCGACAUCGAAGUCCUUCAAGGUCUCCCCCCUACGAUCCUGACCGGCCGGCCAGAGCUCUGCGCCAUCCAAGUUAAUAUGAUUUCAUCCGAGUCCUCUUCGUAUAUAUUCGCUCUAUUCCUGCCCUCAGAAUGGAACUCGAGAUUUCUCACUGUUGGCAGAGCUGGGACGGGCGGGUACAUCAACUACUUCGACUCCUACAAUGCGCCGGAGAAGGAGAUCGAUUGGGGCUGGCGUGCAAUCCAUGGAUCUGUCGGACUUGCAAAGCAAUCGAUCAAAACUUAUUACGGCAAAGACGCCCAAUAUUUCUACUAUACCGACUGCUCGACCGGCGGCCCGCAGGGAUUAGAGGAAGCUCAGAUCAAUGCCGACAGCUUCGAUGGUAUACUAGUCGGUGGCCCAGCCUGGUGGGUUACUCACUUGGUAGAUGUGGUCAUUAGGAUCCAACAGGGUUACCAUCCGCCGAAUAACACGAGGAGUAUCCCUGCUGAACUAUUCCCCCUGAUAGCUCUAACGGUGAUUGAGCAAUGCGACGAGGUGGACAGUGUCAAAGACGGUAUCGUCAGCUCCCCCGAAAAUUGCCACCCCGACUUCGAAGUAUUGAAUUGCAAAAACCCUCCGAACUCAUCUGCAAACGCAUCGGCAUGCCUCAUGGCCUCGCAGCUAGAGAGCUUGCAGGAGAUAUAUUCUGAUUAUUAUGUCGGGUCGGAGCUAGCGUACCAAGGUCUCGAGCUCUCUUCGGAAUUAGGAUCGUCAACCAAUAUUCUCCCUCUAGAACCGCUCUCGUUCGGUCUCGAUUUCUUAAGAUAAGCAGUGUUUGGAGACGUGAACUGGCCUCUUUCAUCAUACAAUCGUGUCUACGAGUACGUAGAAACCCUGGACAUUGUGGAUGAAUUCGAUGCCAACA